AUGGUUUUGGAGGUGAUAGAACUGCCUGAACAACUUCGACUUAUUGACAAGCUAUCUUUUGAGGCUUUUAAGUCUGGCUCUGAAAUUGAAAUCAAACACACUAUCUUUGGAUACAGGAGAAAAGACAAUGAUCUAUAUAAAUUCAUUGAGACAAUAUUCUACCACCCUCUGUUUAAGUCCAUUAUGAUCAGCACCAUCACACUCAAUGCAAUCUUUUUGGCUGUAGAAACGGAUUAUAAAGUUCGCUAUGAGUCAAAUUUCUUCCUGGAGGUAUCCGAUCUGAUUAUCUUAGCCAUCUAUACAGCAGAGUUUCUGAUGAACUUUUAUCUGGACCCCGUUAAUUACUGGAAGGACGGUUAUAAACGCUACGAUUUUGCUGUCCUUCUCAUUGCUUACCUCCCAUACACCAUUAACAGAAGCAACCCCAAAAUGCACCAUGUUGCGACGGUGCUGAAAGGUUUCCAGCCAUUACGGGUUCUCAAACUGAUCUAUUAUAGCCCAGGGAUGACAAUUCUGAUGGCAGCACUGGCCAAGACUAUGAAAAAUGUGAUCAAUGUGCUUGUCCUGUUGUUCCUGUUAAUAUUUAUCUUUGCAAUUUUGGGUCAUGGUUUGUACAAAGACCCUGAAAAUGGAGACCCUCAGAACUGGGGCACCUUAGCGGUUGCCUUCUUCACACUCUUCAGCUUAGUAACGGUUGAUGGCUGGACAGACCUACAGGAGGAAUUGGAUACCAAACAAAUUGUUACAAGCCGGACAUUCACAAUAGUGUUCAUUCUUUUGGGAUUUUUUGUGUUUUUCAAUAUGUUUAUUGGUGUUGUCAUUAUGGAUAUUCAGGAUUCAACGGAGCAAUAUGAGAAAAAGCUGAAAGCGGAGAGACGGGCUGCUCUGAUAGCAAAGAAGCAGGCGAUUUUAAGACGGCAACAGGAAGAAAUCAAAGAAUUGCUCAGUCAACAGAAAUCAACUGAAUACCAAACUUUUGAUGAGCUGGUGGAAGACUUUAAAAAAACCCUGCAUCACUCGGAUCCUGUGAUCUUAGAAGACUUCUGUGCCAGUCUACCUUUCAUUGAUCUCUAUUUGACAUCCCUAGACCGGCAGGAUGCCACGGUUUAUAAGCUGCAAGAACUCUAUUAUGAAAUCGUUGCCACUUUGACCACCCUGCUGCGAGAAUCUCAAGCAAAGUCUUUGCAGUCUUUGCAGUCUUUGAAAGUCAAAUCUAGGCAAUCUACUAUACUGAAUAAAAAAUCCUAAAAAGUUAAUUUCUUCCUAUUUGGAAAAAAAA